AUGGCAGACAGCGAGCCACAAAGCGCCGCUUUUAACGGCGUCAAAGGCGUCUGCCAUAUCAGCGAUGGCUUUCUGCUUUUCGAGACUGGGAGCUGCAAGCUCAAGUGGUCCUUCUCGACGUGGAUACGGUCGGAAAAGUCGAAAAAGGCCGCAAAGGUCAGACUGACUUUCACCGAGGGACCCCUGAGAUUGACACCAGAUGACGCGCACGCUGACAUCCUGGAGAAGGCCGUGAUCAUCGUGGACUUCGGGGACGACAGGGACGUCCUGGAACGUUUCUGCAGCCAAGUAUCGCAAGAAUCUGCACCUGUUAAGGUUCCUACGGUCGUACCGGAGGUACAGGAGGCGCCGAAGAAAGCUCCGCAGGAGGCAGUAACCACCGCGGCACCGGAGCCGCCAAAGGUUGAUCACAAAACCAUAAUAAACAGAAACAGACAACGGCUUCUGGAGACCAGGGGAGACGUUGCUGAACUAUAUCAGCAGUUGGUUGAGACCGAAGAGGGCUCCGGAGAGGGGGUGGUCUCACCGGAGGAUUUCUGGAGCCACCAUAGCGUGGACAUUAUCGCAUCACUAGAGCAACCCGAGGCGCCAUCGCAUCUGGAUGGGUUUAUCGCAGUACCGCCAACCAGCGAGUUCGUCAAUGGGCACAGGGUCUACAGGUACAACCCUGAGUUGGGCAGGGCGCUGCUGGCGGAGGAUGAAACCAUCCGGGCGCUCCACCGAAAGUUCGUGCAUGAGAGGCAGUAUCCGGAAGAAAGCUUCUGGAAACGCAUACUCCAGUCGAGGCACUUCUACCAUAUCAUCGGGGAGAAGUGCCCUGAAAAUCAUGGAUUGUACGAUGAUAUCAAGGGGGUGCCGAUCAAAAAGAUCACGCCGCCGCAACCCGCUGUUAGCUCAGUGCUGGAGAAGGUCGACCCUUACAGCGAUCUGAUCCGCAUCGACGAGUUGGUCAAGCGAAAGCCAUCAAAGUCGUUAGCCGCCAAAAGGUUUGGGGACCAACCGGAGGAAGAUUCCAGGCCGUCCAUCGUCGAUCGGUUCAACGAACACGCCGCCAAGAUCAUCAACGGGUGCAGCCGUGCUAGCAACAUGAUGGGCUACAAGGAAGAUACUAAAACGCUUGAGGAGCGGGCGGAAACCGAACGCAAACGCAGAAUCACCGAAGUUUACAGUCACGACCUCUCAACGCACCACUACCAAAAAGAUGACGACAUGUGCAUCAUACAGGGGCUGAAUAUGCCAGGGCGCACUGGCAGCCGGUCCAACUCCUUUGACGAUCAACGGAGCGACAGCAGGGAGCCCGCCAAAAAACCCGUCUUCAAAAUGCGCACGAACGCGGACACGAUGCGGGAAAUCAGCCAAUCGAUCGAAGAUAUGCGGCAAAUGGACAUUAUAAAGUAUAUCAGAAGGCCGAUGAACGACGAAAACGCCAGCAGGCGCAUGUUCAUCCUCAACACCAAGCUCUGCCAGUCGGAAAAGAUAACCCAAACAGUGCCGCUGGAGUACGACGACACAACGGUGAACAGGAUGCGCCAAUACCAAAUGAGCAUCAUGGAGAUUUUGCAGCUCUACUACAAGACCCUGCUGCCCGAGGAGCAGAAGCGGCUCAAGCUGCUUCUUGCCGCACGGCAGCUUAAAGGUAAACUCGAGGGGCAGCAGGAAUUUGGCAUCUCUGCCUACGCCGCGAAGCCGCUACAAACGGGACUCAUGAACCAGAUCACGGCGGUCGAAGUGUAUGAUACAAAAUUGAAAGCGUUCGUCGCCGACCUCCGGAACCAGGCGCAGCAGCGCAUAGUUAAACCGAAAUGA